AGACGAUUGACACAACAGACUUGAAGGGGUAAAGAAUGUUCUGGUGGUAAAUGAUGGUUCUCUGACUUACAGUCGACAACCUAGCUCUUACCCCUGUCGAAUCGAUGAUACGAUAUACCUAGAAUGCAGGAACCAGGGGCUAUCGAUAACACAUAAUAAAAUGGAGCUUCAGUUCAUAGAGCUGAUGGUACGAUUAUAUCCUGCAAUUGAACAACCUCCCUCGAGGAGAUUAUGUUAAAAGUUCCUCGGUUGGGUUAUGAAUUAACUAUGCGAUGAUAUAUUCACUCAACCAGAAAGUGGCAGGGCAGGAUAUAUAUAAAAAAUGGCGGCCAAAGACCUCGUUCAAUGGGUCGAUGAAUUCAGCAUCCUCAUACGAGGGUUCCCGAUCAAAGACUUCGCCUUCGCCGCGUUCCCCAUAAUAUUCGCUGUCGUUGGUGGUCUAAUACUCUACAACACCCAUACCGACUACUGGGAUAAACCGAAGCGAUACACCGUCCCGGCUCCCAAGAAACCCGACGAGCUCAAGAUCCUCGACAAUCCUACCAUCAAGGUCUCAGGUACAACCGCCAUCCAAUGUUACGCCCCAGCUACAGGCCAAUUCCUCGGCUUUGUCAACCCCUCCACGCCCGACGGCAUCGAUCGUGCCAUUGCCCAGUCAGCAGCGGCACAGAAGCAAUGGGCCAAGACCACGUUUAGUGAGCGGAGGAAGGUGUUGCGCACCAUGUUGCACCAUGUGCUUGAUAAUCAGGAGCAGAUAUGCCAAGUGAGCUCUUUAGAUUCGGGUAAGACCAUGCUGGAUGCUCAGCUGGGUGAGAUCAUGGUUACGGCCGAGAAGCUAGAAUGGACUGUCAAGCACGGCGAGAAGGCCCUACGUCCGAGCCGGCGUCCUACGAAUCUUCUCAUGGCAUAUAAGAAGAAUACAGUUCAAUACGAACCCUUGGGUGUUGUGGCGGCUUUGGUCAGCUGGAAUUACCCCUUUCAUAAUAUGAUAGGUCCCAUCAUCAGUGCCAUCUUUGCCGGAAACGGUAUUGUUGUGAAAGUUAGCGAGCAGACGUGCUGGAGUGCCGCAUAUUACACGAGCAUUGCAAGAGGCGCACUAGUAGCACACGGUCACGAUCCCCAGCUAAUACAGACCGUCGUCUGCUGGCCUCAAACUGCUGGACAUUUAACGAGUCAUCCUGGCAUCAGUCAUCUUACUUUCAUCGGCAGCCGAUCCGUAUGCCAUCAUGUUGCCUCUAGCGCAGCCAAAAGCCUCAUCCCCUUAGUCGCAGAGCUUGGUGGUAAAGAUGCUGCCAUUGUGCUCGACUCGGCGAAAUCCGACCUUAAGCGGAUCGUGGAGACUCUACUGCGUGGAACUUUCCAGGCUUCGGGACAGAACUGCAUCGGUAUCGAGCGAAUCGUCGCCGCGCCUGGUGUCUACGACAAACUCGUGGCUAUGCUCGAACCCCGCGUCAAAGCUAUACGCCUCGGAUUGGACAAAGAUGUCGGUGCUAUGGUAUCAGACGCCUCAUUUACACGACUCGAGAGCCUAGUUAAAGACGCCGUAGCCAACGGUGCGCGACUUCUCGCCGGCGGUACCCGAUAUAUACAUCCCGACCACCCUAAGGGUUUCUACUUCCAGCCGACGCUCCUUGUCGACGUAACACCUGACAUGGCAAUCGCGAACGAAGAGUGUUUCGGGCCGAUCAUGACAAUCCUUCGGUCCCCCUCGCCUAGCGCCGCGGAACUCUUACGUCUAGCCAACGCGCCUGACUUUGGCCUUGGCGCCUCGGUCUACGGGCGAGACUCGGACCCUAUUCUACGAGAAGUCGUCCACGGCGUGCGUGCAGGAGGUGUCGCCGUCAACGACUUUGCGGUGUUUUACGCUGUGCAACUACCAUUUGGCGGCGUCGGCGGCUCGGGAUACGGACGCUUCGCGGCCGAGGAGGGAUUACGGGGCCUAUGUAAUCUGAAGAGCAUAUGCGAGGACCGGUUCGCGUUCUUGGGGAUAAGAACUUCUAUCCCGCUGCCUGUGCAGUAUCCUGUGGGGAGCCAGGAGCGCGGAUGGAGGUUCGCGAAGGGUGUUGUGGGUGUUGGGUAUGCGCUUACGCUGGGGGGUAAGGUGAAGGGUGUGUUGGAUAUUCUGAGGAAUAUGUAAGAUGAGUACAGAAAGGAUUAUGAGGAGGGAAGAUGAGAAAUGAAGAUGUGAAAGGGGAAGCUUGUAUAGAGCAAGCAAGUGAUAGGUAGUAUCUGCAUACUUAGAUACCCCCAGUAGCUAAUGUACCUACCUUAUAUAAUAUUAAUCGUAUAUAAUUUGACUCCUC